UAUUAAAGUUUGCAACAAAUUUAAAAAUCAUUUACGUUUGUUAUUAUUUAAAUUGUAGCCAUAAUGAGCAAGUGUGCUGUGAUUGGAUGUAAAUCAGAACACAAUCCUUUUAAUACCGGUGUGACGUUUCAUCGUGUUACAAGAAACAAGAAAUAUUUGCCGUUAUGGGAAAGAGUCGUUAAAAUAAAAUCGAAAUCAGUACAUGCCAAGAUAUGCAGCCUGCAUUUCAAGGAGAAGGAUUUUGUUGAAGGCAGAGGGAGCCGUGUCCUCAAACCGGGUGCUGUACCGUCUAUAAAUAUUGUUGAAAGGGACAGUUCAACAGAUGACGAUGAUGACAAUGAAAAGUUGUCCUUGUUGAAGAGGGCUCUUGCAAGAAGCAAGGGAGUGUCUACCACUGCAGGUGCGGAGAAAACAACUCAGUCAGAUUCUGAUGAAUAUGAUCACAAUCCCAAUCUACCUCAGACCUUCCAAAUGGUGGUGCCAUGCACAUGUUGCAAUUCAGUCCAGUCUUCAAUCUCGCUCAUCCGAAAACAAACUAGUAACAUGGGAGUACAAACCAAUAUGAAAACAAGUAAGGAAAUAUCACUACAAGCUAAGGUGAAAUGCCUCGAGUUGAGACUCAGGAGGCGAGAUGCAAAAAUCAGCUACAUGCAAACAGUUUUAAACAUGAUUAAGAAACAUACUAAAGGUACUGAUAUGGAGUACAAGUUAUGUUGUGAACUGCAGAAUAUUUCCGGGUUUUCAGACACAAUUGACAGUAGUCAUAAGGAUAAAAUAAAAAGUAAUCGAAGUAAAACUAGAAAUGGUAGAGUUGAAAGUUCUGUUAGCGAAGUAUCAAGUGGUGAUGAAGAUGCCUGUACGUUUUUCGAAGUGGUCCAUAGUCCUAAUCUAAAGAUCUACAAUGGUUUUAGUUGAAAUCAGCUAAGUUACAAUCCUUAGUGCAUGUCACUUCAAUUAUAGUCUGUAAUGUCUGUAUCUUUAGGUAUUUAAAAAUAAGUAAACGAAAUCUACCCUUAAAUGGCUUCUUAAGCCAGUUGAGGGUAGAUGAAAACAUUACAUGAUCAAAUAAUGUAGGUUAAAGUCAGGUCGUUCAGUGACAGAUCCAGGUGGUUUUGUAUUUGGUUGGUUAAUCAAUAAAUGGUAGAACUACCCGAAAAUGUACAAGUUAUUUGUUUACUUUUAUUUAAG